AUAAUACAGAGGAAGAAAAACACCAGUGUUUAGCCGACGGUAUACAAUUGUAAACAUUAGCCACCCGGUCAACUUCUUCCUGUCGUUAGGAUGGAAAUAUAAGGUCAACCCCAAGCUGUGGGACCCAACGUUUUUCUUCAGUGCAUGGACGCAAAGCUAAUGCGCAGGGCCACUAGCGCACGUCAAGACGCCACUGGAAUGGACAUCACCAGCCGCUGUACUCUGGGGGACCCCAACAAGCUGCCUGAAGGGGUCCCCCAGCCUGCACGCAUGCCCUACGUCUCGGACAAACACCCGCGACAGACCCUGGAGGUGAUCAACUUGCUGAGAAAACACCGUGAGCUCUGUGACGUGGUGCUGGUGGUGGGUGCCAAGAAGAUCUACGCUCACCGUGUCAUCCUGUCCGCCUGCAGCCCGUACUUCAGGGCGAUGUUCACUGGAGAGCUGGCAGAGAGCAGGCAGACUGAAGUGGUGAUCCGCGACAUCGAUGAGAGAGCCAUGGAGCUGCUCAUUGACUUUGCCUACACAUCACAGGUGACGGUAGAGGAGGGAAACGUGCAGACGCUGCUCCCCGCCGCCUGCCUUCUGCAGCUGGCUGAGAUCCAGGAGGCCUGCUGCGAGUUCCUCAAGAGGCAGCUGGAUCCCUCCAACUGUCUGGGCAUCAGGGCCUUCGCAGACACACACUCCUGCCGAGAGCUGCUGCGCAUCGCAGACAAGUUCACCCAGCACAAUUUUCAGGAGGUAAUGGAAAGUGAGGAGUUCAUGCUGCUGCCUGCCAACCAGUUGAUUGACAUCAUUUCCAGCGAUGAGCUCAAUGUGCGUAGCGAGGAGCAGGUUUUCAACGCUGUCAUGGCCUGGGUGAAGUACAGCAUCCAGGAGCGCAGACCACAGCUACCCCAGGUCCUGCAGCAUGUCCGUCUGCCGCUGCUCAGCCCCAAGUUCCUGGUGGGAACUGUUGGGUCAGACCCUCUCAUAAAAAGUGACGAAGAGUGCAGAGACCUGGUUGACGAGGCUAAGAAUUACCUGCUGCUACCACAGGAGAGGCCACUCAUGCAGGGUCCCAGAACACGGCCGAGGAAACCUAUUCGCUGUGGAGAAGUCCUAUUUGCAGUUGGAGGUUGGUGCAGUGGCGAUGCCAUCUCCAGCGUUGAGCGUUAUGAUCCCCAGACCAACGAGUGGCGGAUGGUGGCGUCGAUGAGUAAACGGCGGUGUGGAGUGGGUGUCAGUGUUCUUGACGACCUGCUGUAUGCGGUGGGAGGUCACGAUGGCUCGUCGUACCUCAACUCUGUGGAGAGAUACGAUCCUAAGACCAAUCAGUGGAGCAGUGACGUGGCCCCUACUAGCACAUGUCGUACCAGCGUGGGGGUGGCUGUCCUCGGAGGUUAUCUGUAUGCUGUAGGGGGACAGGAUGGGGUUUCCUGUCUCAACAUAGUAGAAAGGUAUGAUCCUAAGGAGAACAAAUGGACUCGUGUGGCCUCCAUGAGCACCAGGAGGCUGGGUGUAGCCGUGGCGGUGCUCGGGGGCUUCCUGUACGCUGUAGGAGGGUCUGAUGGGACGUCGCCAUUAAAUACAGUGGAGCGCUACAACCCUCAGGAGAACCGCUGGCACACGGUGUCUCCGAUGGGAACCAGGAGGAAACACCUGGGCUGCGCGGUGUACCAGGACAUGAUUUACUCUGUGGGAGGGAGAGACGACACCACAGAGCUGAGCAGUGCGGAGCGAUACAACCCCCGCACAAACCAGUGGUCUCCUGUCGUGGCCAUGACGUCCAGACGGAGCGGGGUGGGCUUGGCUGUGGUGAACGGUCAGCUGAUGGCAGUGGGAGGCUUCGAUGGGACGACGUAUCUCAAAACUAUAGAAGUGUAUGACCCUGACGCAAACACAUGGAGGUUGUACGGAGGAAUGAACUACCGCCGGCUAGGUGGGGGGGUGGGUGUCAUCAAAAUGACUCACUGUGAAUCCCACAUAUGGUAACCCCAACCCUCAGCCCCCCCCCCCCACACAUACACAGUCACACACUUCUCAUCACGCUGCAAAGGAUGCCUCUUUUCAUCGACUCCUGUGCCUCCAAAAGAGACGCUGCAAUUCAUGCGAGGAUGAGAAAAAAGUGGUGGGUUGGGGAAGAGAAAGAAAGAGGGACAAACUUUGAACUCAUCCCCCACUCGGAGGCCAUUCACUUCAGAAUGCCCUGCUUGUCUUCAUUGAUUGACCACCAUGAAGUGCACUGAGAGCUGAACUCCUCCGAGGAACAUAUAGCUUCCAGUUUCCCCAGUGUUCCCCUUCUUAGCCUCUCCGUGUGGGACAUAUCAAACUUUACAAUGAUUGCUGCUGCGGAAGAUGACCUUACACAUCUUAGGUUUAAAAAAGGUUUAAGCACCAGGUCCCUGGAAGAAGGAUUUUCUCAGUCUGGUCCAACUGUGAAAGCAUCUAUCACCUUCCCUUGUUGUCAUAUGCCAGCCCCCAAAACGGUGGUUACUGACCACCACCCUUAAUGAGUUUCAAAGAAAACAGCAGACUAGAAAAGCUUCUGUUAAUGGUGUAUGAUUCAUAUUUUUCAAGAAACUCAACAUUAGUGUUACAUUUACUCUGUUACAUUUUGAAAUCUACACUUUUUAUUUUUUUAUUUUACCAUGCAUACAUCUCAGCUGUGGCUGUCACGUCUCUGGGCCUCAUUUGUAGCAUCAAACAGUGGAAAGCUGUCAGGCAGUCUAUUUUAUGAAGGCUAGGUGUUAUGGCUCGAUACCCUGAGAGGAAAAACACAACUUAUUUCACCGGAAUGAUGGCGUAGUGUUCCUUCUUUUUUUUGUAUGAGGAAGUCACCGCAACAUUUCCUUGUAAAGUUGUUGAAGGGGGGGUCACUGCUUCUGCUCACCUGCGGCUGUUUGCUACACAAGUUACCGAAAGAAGUUUGUAAAAAUAAAAAACUGAACUUGUUCGAUCUAGACAGCAGCGAGGCCCAAGUCAGUUCAGAAAUAUUAAUAGAAAAAUGCAGGACUCAUUUAUUAUUAUAAUAUAUAGAAAAGCAUUCUCUAGCCAAGAGAUGUUUUGACGUUUCAGGAGUAUACUGCAUAAAGCCUGGGUAUUUUCUCUUUUUUUGAGUCAAUCUCAUAAUAUCCCUAAUUCUGUUACAGGUUUAACACUUAGGAUCAAAGUCUGACCGCUGAAAUAUUUCAUGACAAAUGCAGUAGUAUUCCCAGUUUGCCCCACAUGAACAUGAUUUUUAACUGUAUAUGCAUUGAAAAGUCAGUAAUUAAAAGUUGUGUUUUCUUGACACAGUCAUAGGGUUUAGAAACAAACAGGUCCUUUUUGUUCUUUAUUCUCACUUCCAACGUGUGUCAUGUCAGUAUACACUGCAGCACAGUGUAAUGGCACCUCCUGCUGGAGGAGAGUUGUAGUUUAGCAAUGACAUAGAAAAAAAGAAAGAGCCUUUAGACACAGACUUUUGCAAAGAUUGGGGUUCUUGCAAGGUUAAUAUAUAAAACACUACAACUAGAUUCUGUUUGAGAUUAUUUCCCAUCCUGCCCCAGGUAGAAAUGCUCUCAUGUUCACUGUGUAACACCAGUUUCUCCAAUGUUUCUACAGUCCCAACAUAACCCACACUUAUUGUGUUGUCUCCCUGUUUAAUGUCUGCACAGAAGUGGUGGUUAAUAUAAUAAAAGACUGACUAAAAACAGCUUGGUUUAACAUCAACUUGAUCAAGAUCACAGGAGUGUGUAACAACUAGCAAAACUAUUGUGAUUUUAAUAGACAUUGUAAUGUUUAUGUGUCAGAGAAAUAGCUUGAAGUGGUCCCUAAGUGAUCUUAGCUCAAUGUGAACUAAAGUGGAGAUAGUUUGAAUAUAUGGGGACAUUGGUUUGAAUGAAUCUCAGAUUUGUUUGCACUGUGAUUGGAAAUGUAUUUUAGAUUGUAUUUUUGUUCCCCCUUAACUAUAUUUUAUAUGGGUGUUCAGAUGUGGCCCGAGGGGAGGGGGGGGGGUCAACAAUUCUUAUGGGAAGACAUUUCAGGCCCUCACACAGAGGAUUUAUUUCAUAGAUUCAACACAACAUGGUUUGACUUGCUCUGUGUCACAGACAUGCCAUUGUGUGUGGAACAAAUGCAACGUUACAACGCUGGUGUUAUGCAUUAUAAUAACCUCUUUUCCUAACCCUAAUAUUGGUGUUAAUAUUUAAUAUUAUGGCAACCCAACAUUUUGCUGCCUUUAGUUUUUCUAUGCUAGAGGGAGAUUUGAAGUCGCAUGAUCAAAGUUUGGCUGAUGAGGACAUUUUGUUGAAUAGUUUGGGUUUUUUGGGUUAUUUUGAAGUCUAAAAUGUUGAUUUUCAAUGGAAUUGUAGAAUUAGCAUUUUUCUUAGAGUUUGACUUUAUAAAAAAGGCUCCAUAACACACCCUCCAUAUUGAUUGUGGUGUGUGCUUCUCAAAAUGAAAUGUUCUAGCCGUUAUCAAACAAAAAAAGGAUGCAGGUCAGCCAAAUGUGUAUGCCUGCUUCUUGAAAACUUCCAAGAAUACUUUGCUAUUUUCACUGCCACAGAAUUACAAGGAACCCCCACUCAGUUUAAAACAUAUUGCUUUGGUUCCAGAACAACCUGUUUUUUUCCAAAUGUUUUUUCAAGGAGGAAUAAAACACCAUGUCAUCAUGUCUUUGCAGUGAUGUGCAUUUCAGCUUAUCCAAUGAGGUUUCAAUUAUUUAUUUUGUUUACAUAUUCAUCCUUUUUAAACUACAUGUUGAGAUUUGUGGAUGUUCAUUGGACAGCGGCAGAAAAACAUUUGAACCUUUGAUAUUAAGGCAGUGUUUUAUUCGGACAGAAAAACCUUAUUCCCCCCUUUUACCCACAUCUUUAUCGUUUUGAUUUGGACUGCAUUUGGUUUCCCAAACUGAGUAAGGUUUCCAGUAAACCAUGUAAGCUACUAAUGAUGCAUUUUGAUUGUGAUGAACAGAAGUCACCCAGCCUAUGUGAAAAUAUGUGUUUUCUUUUCAAGCCUCUGCAAUUUGUCCGACAUGUGACCCUAACAUGGUUGUGCUAAUUGUUGUUUGUUCUCACGUAUCAAACAGCCGUCUCAGCGCAGCACUCGUCACUACAGCAUCUUCGGCUUUCACCAUGUUCACUACGACAACGAUUAAACUUCUUUCCUUGGGAAUAAACCCCCAAAACAAA